AUGAUGAUCGAAUCCCCUCUUUCCGAGGCCAUCGCCGCCCAGAUUUCAGAGAUAUCUAUGUCGAAGUCACACGGUCAUGGUGACGCCGACUUUGAGUUCGCAGUUCGCUUACUGCAGGAGGACCUCAGAACGCUUCAACAAAAGGAGUCUGAUCCGCGUGUGCCCCGCAGUUCUAGGCGGGGAGGCCGCCCCGAUGUAGCAGCAUCUUCAGGUCGCGACCGAAGGAGACCUUCCAACGACUUGCCACGUAGAACGACUCAGGACUCGGUCAAGCAAGCACAGAUCAGGUCAGAUCGUGAGCUCGCCGAGGCGCUGGAGCGUGGCGAAGACCCUUUCGCUUGGCCUAGGGGAACGUCCACGACGUCAAACAUCCAAGAUGAGCAGGAAAACAACUCUGAGGCGGGUCCCAACAGUCGUAAAGUCACGAGAACCUCUAGCAAAGCUGCUGGGCGUGCACUGCCCAGAGGGCCGUUGUUCGGGACCCCCCCAAGCUCCGCUGUCAACCAACAACAUCGAGAUCCAGAACAAGAAAUCUCAGAACUCAAAGAUAUCCUCCAAGCUCUAGCCGCAAGUAUAGGAUGGACUCAGGAUUGGGAAGAGGAUGCGCCAACAACUUCAGCUUCGGCAUCCCUCAAACGAUACAAAGAAGAACUUUCCUCUAUUUGCAACAUAUGUAACGAAACUUACCAGAAUUACGCCGUAUUCACCCUAAAAUGCAAACACAGGUACUGCGUGGAAUGCCUAAGAGAUCACAUCCUCCAUGCCUUUGGCCAACCUGGCAGUGAGCUCCCUCGAUGUUGCGGCGAGGCGCUUCCAUUGACCUACGCCGGCGAGGUUCUCAUGGAAAGCGAACUAAAUCAGCUGAUGGACCGGCGAGACGCCCAGGAGUCUUCGAAACAAAUCUCAUGCGUGGGUUGUAAGAAAGAUCUUCUACAAGGCAGUAUAAAGGAUAACUCGGCAUACUGUAUCGACUGUGCCAAAUUCACCUGCAUACAUUGUGCGAAGGACUUGCAUGACGGAAUAUGUCCAGAGGACAAGGACAUGGCGAUGCUGUUGGAAACGGCGAAGAAUGAAGGUUGGAGUAAAUGUGGCAAGUGUAACCAUUUGGUUGAGCUCACAAUAGGGUGUUUUCAUAUGACUUGUCGUUGCGGUCAUCAAUUUUGCUAUUUAUGCGGCGUGGAAUGGAAAACUUGUGGUUGCCCGUCGUCUUCUGAACACAGCGUGUUGGGACGUAUCAGGGAAGCAACAGGUAAGGGCGCAGAGUUAUUACGGCAAGGUUGGGAAAAUUCGAAGGCAUAUGUUUUAAGCAAAGAGCAACUCGAUGCGUUCAAAGAACAGGCCAUGGAAUACCAUCGUGAAAAAAUGGAUCUCAGGCAGUCAUUGCAUCGCCUCAGGGAGGAAAAACAGUUGGAGCGGCAAAUUGCGGAACAAAUCAUCCUGCUUCGGACAGAGAUUUUGGAGUUUCAAGGACAAGUUGAUCAUGCGGAAAUGAAUCGGAAAAGGCGGCAGAUGAAGGAACUAGAGGACGGCAAGGCUUUAGGAGAAAAGAUUGUAGCGAAGGGACUCAAGACAGCGGCGGUGAAUAAGGCAAAGAAACCGAGCAAGAAAGGGAAGGAAAGAGCGAGAGAUGUAGAAGGCGGUGACACAAAAGUUAUCAUGGCAAAGAUCAUGAACUAUGUUAACACUUAG